UCUUCGGCCGCUCCUGCGGUAUAUGGAGGUUCCCAGGCUAGGGGUCUAAUCGGAGCUGUAGCCACCGGCCUAUGCCAAAGCCACAGCAACUCGGGAUCUGAGCCACGUCUGCAACCUACACCACAGCUCAUGGCAAUGCUGUAUCCUUAACCCACUGAGCAAGGCCAGGGAUCGAACCUGCAACCUCAUGGUUCCUAGUCGGAUUCGUUAACCGCUGAGUCACGAUGGGAACUCCUGUCGUCAGGUUUUGAUUCAUGAAACAGAUAAAACUCGAGUGAGACCUUGAGAGGUGGAAAAGAGUUGAAUAGUCAGGGAGGAGGUGGGGAAUCCUGGGUGGAGGAUAAACAUCAAGAGAAAAGGAAUAGAAACAGAAGAGAAACGUGACAUGUGCAGGGUGGAUAAAGAAGAGAAUCUGGCAGGUCCUUGAGGCACAUAAGAGCAUAUUGGGAAGUAAUCUAGAGAAAGCAGAGUGCAGCCUCCAGGAAGAGUGGAGCUACUGAACAAGAGUAACAGCUGACACUAGUGAACUGGGAAGAUUACCUGGUAAUCUUCUGGAGUGAAGAGUGGACUGCAAGGGUAGAUGGGACAGUCUGACUACUGUUGCAAGAAUAUGGGUUAUUGGGGUAGUGGGUGGCAACAAAAAUGCAAAUAUGGAAAAUGAGACAUUUCAAAGGAGGAUCAUAAAGAUUUAUAAAUGAUGGAAUAUAAUGAAAAAGAGUAAACUAAUCAGAACUAAGGCACCACUGAUAAAAGUUAAAGGACCCUGGGAAGACAGCUAGCUUAGUGAGGAAGUUUGGCCAUCUUGAGUUUGAUGUGGGACAUCCAGAAAGUGCUGAGAAGGCAACUGAAAAUGUGAACCUGGAAUUCAAGUUAAGAGAGCAACGAAAUAUUGAUCUGGAGAUAUCUUUGUGUUUCCUUCCCCCACCUCAAUCUACUCUACAUCUUUUUUUUACCCUGCCUCAUAAGCCAGGAGGAAGGCUCUUGUGAUCUGGUACAUCAAGCUGAAUUCCUUUCCUUCUGGCUUCCAGUAGAGCUUAACCAAGCGAAGCACUGGCAAGAGACUGAAGGAGAAUAAAAUGGAGAUAUUUAUUCCUACUGGCUUCCUUGUUGGGGCUCUGGCUGGAUCACUGCCUAACUGAAGACUACAAUUCUUAGCCAUUCACUCAUGAGAAAAUACAGCCUAUAAUGGCAUCCUCGGACUGGCUGUGUUCAAAUCUUUCUCCUCUCAUGGGACCAGAAACUAGCCCAGUGGUGCUGGUUUGAAACCGAAUGCUUGUUACCAGACACUGCUGGGGAGUCCCAAACAAGAAAAAAUGAUCAGAGCAGAGGACCCGAAUAGCAAAUCGUGUUCAAGUUGUCCCAGGAGACUAUCACCUUACUGAUACUCCCCUAGUGUUUCCCACUAAUGCCUUGAACUUGGCAAAGGCUGGGCAAAUUUCCCUUGGGCUGUCAUUCAUCAUAUUUACAACUUUUUUCUUUCACAAAAGUUGACCCUCUGCUCCUUUCUUAGUGGAGGGGAUACCAAAAAAUUAAAAAAAUAAAUGUAGAGUUUAAGCUGAAGGUCUGGGCCCGGUCACUCCUCACACAAAUAUCUAAGCCUCCUACAUCAUUUGGGUGUUUGAUAGCUCCAAGAGACAUAUUUUCUUUAGAAACCUCUAUGUACAAGGUUUGUAGAAGAACCGCUUACAGCAAGUUGCUCAAUUUUACUAUGGCUCCAUUUUCUUAAAGUAUAAAAUGAAGAUAAUUAAGAGCAUAUUAGGUAGAUGCUACUGUAUCUUCAUUUUAUACUUUAAAAAAUUUGGUCGCUGGAAUGUCGUUUGGGCUUAACGAGAUAAUAUAUGCAAACUGUUAGCUCAGCGUCACUUCCUAGACAGUUACGAGUACAAUAAAGUUAUUAAGCACUUACCUGCAGCCAGGCAGCGGGGAGCUUUCCCACAUUUUGUCUCAUUUAGUAACCAGCAGCCCUGGCAAGCGGUUCAGGAGUCUGAGCGCCGAGCCACAGGAUAGGAGGCCAAGGGGGCAGAGGUUCCGUGAGGGGAGCUCACUGAGGGCUGGGGUUCCCAGCCAGCCGGGGAGGGGUCGCAGAGGCGCGCGGCCGGGGGGCGCAGGCGCUGUGCGCGCCCGCCCUCCGCGGCGUCUGCUCGCUGCUCUCUUAAUACCGCUGCGCCGCUGGUCGCAGCCAGUCGGGCCAGCUCCAUGAGGACCAGGCACGUGAACUUGCUGAUCGCGCUCGUCGCCUUCGUGCUCUUCAGUUUCUCCUGCUUCUGCAUCUCCAGGAUGACUCAAACCAGUAAUCAAUUAAUUAAUUGUAGAAAUCAUAUUUUGGAGUUUAAGGAAAAUAUUCUACGUCUGAAAAACAAAACAGAAAGAAAUCAUCAAGAGCUGAUCAAAGCCUUGAAUAAAAUGAAGUUUGAAGUUGCAGACAGAGAAAAUGUAUCAGUAAACUCAGUUAAGAAGAAUAUGAAUGCAUUGGGUAAGAAUGAAAUAGUUCCCAAUGCAUUUGAAGUCUUAAAGUUCUUGUUCCCUCAUCUUAGGAAAGUAGACAGAAUUUAUCCUGAUGUUAUCAUUGGCAAAGAGAAAACAGGCGUGUCAUUUGCGCUGGGUAUUUCCACUGUCAGCAGAGGAAAUCAUAGUUACCUGAAGCAAACGCUGACCUCUCUUAUCUCCAGGAUGACUCUUUCAGAAGAGAAGGACUCUGUGGUGAUUGUCUGUAUCGCAGAUAGUAAUGAAGAUUAUUUAAAAUCUGUGGUUGGCAUGAUUACAAAAAAAUUCAAAAGGCAACUGAUGUCUGGAUCCUUAGAAGUCAUUUCGAUACCUGCUUAUUUUUAUCCGCACAUGUUACAUGCCAGACAGUCAACUGAGGCCUCACAAAAAUUAGAGAGUUGGAGAAUCAAACAAGUCUUGGAUUUUUGUUUUUUGAUGCUGUAUGCCCAACCCAAAGCCAGGUAUUACUUACAGCUAGAAGAUGACAUCAUAGCUAACAAGAUGUAUUUCACAAAAAUCGCAGAUUUUGUACAUAACAUAACUUCGAAUAAUUGGUUUUAUAUUGAGUUUUCAAUUCUAGGAUUUAUAGGAAAGCUGUUUAAAUCUGAGGAUUUAAUUGACUUUGUACGAUUUUUUUUAAUGUUCUACAAAGACAAACCCAUAGACUUGCUCUUGGGGGACAUUUUUCAAGUAAAGAUGUGUAACCCAGGAGAAACUCUUGAAAAAUGUAUAGAACGAAAUAAGCAUAUUCGUAUUCGAUAUAAACCUUCUCUUUUCCAACAUGUGGGGAUACAGUCAUCAUUCCCUGGACGAGAACAAUAUUUCAAAGAUAUCUAUUAUUAGGAAUUUCAUAAUUCCAACACCGUCUUUAAAAAUGAUCAGAAUCAUUCUUUGGGAAAAAAUGGUGUAACAAGGAUAAAUAUUUCUCAACUUUCUUCAUAGUGGAUAAGAGAUUAUAUCAUAUUUUUUUAAAAAGUUAAACCUUCGAUAAUUAAGUGGUUUCUUUUAUUACAGGAAUAUGAAGAAAUUAAUCUUAAUAAGAAGGUCUGUAAUAUCUUAGAACCUCAGAACACCAUGAUUUCUAAUGGCAUCUUUCAGAAACUAUAAUAAUAAAGACAGAUAAUUAUAUAGGAGGAAACAGUGAACCAGCUAGUAGACUUGAAAGUAUUAAAUUGCCUCUUAUGUCAAGAAAAGUUAGAGCAUUUGUUUAUGAUGCUUGUACUCUGUUACAAUUUAUUGUAAAAAUAGUAAAGAUGGGGAAGUUUUAAAAAUUAAGAAAUAUAUUUUGUUGACUUAGAUAGUGAUGUUACUAUAUCCUCUCAAUAAAUAGCUGAAAGUUCAGAAACUUGCUGUUGUCACAGACAAGAACUGGUUCUGUGUGAACUGGUAUAUAUUCUUAUCCAUUUUGUUAAGCUAUCUAAAAUAGAAAGCACAUGUUUAAGCAACUUUGGGUCUGGUAGUGCCCCAAUAUCUUGUCUUUUUAAUAUACGCAUUUAAAACUCUAAACUUACCCCUAAGUGCCAUUUGAGCUGAUUAACAAACAUCUUGAUGUGAAUGUGUCCUGAUACUCAUUCAGUUCUAAAUAUUUCAUAUUUUCUCUUAUUAUUGCCUUUUUAACUCAUGGGUUAUUUGGGAGUAUGUAUUCUUUGAUAUAUUGGUUUUGCCAUUUUUUUGUUGUUGAUUUAUCAUUUAAUUACAUUGUUCUUAGCUUUGUGUGAUAAAACUUGAGAACUGUUAUGAAUUCUUGCAUUUCAUAUGAAUUUUAGAAGAAUGUAUUGUCUCUGUAUUGUAUGCUUCCUUUAAGAUAUGCCUAACUUGCUUGCUUUUUAUUGAAGCAUAAUUGAUUUACUUUUUUUUGUUUUUAUAAAUGUUAAUUUUGUACUUUAAAUAUAUCUUCUUUAAAAAUUCCUAUUCAUUGGAUGCCUAGUUUUCUUAUAUCAGACUUUUAAAUUUAUUUGUUCAAGUCUUUUAAAUCUUACUAAUUCACUAGUUUCUUACAGGAGUCUAUUAAAUGUACUGUUCUUCCUCUUGUUAUUCUAUUGAGUUUUACUUUAUGAUUUUGAGAAAUAAGAGAUAUUCUUUCAUUCUUGUUCAUCAUAAAAUAUGAAAAUCUUAAUUUAUACUACUGUAUUAUCUUUGAGUGCCAAAACUUCAUACAUUUACCUCAAGAUGAACCGUAUCAUAUACCAAAGUAUAAAGAGAAUAUGAAAGAUGAACUGGUCACAUGUGUCCAUUUCAUUUUCUCCUUUUAGAGAAAGAAGCUGAAAGUACCUCAGGAUUUGUUGUGUGUACCCCUAUAUGGACCUUCCACCCUGUGGCAGAAUUUCAACAAUUAUGAACAAAUAAUGGGAGCUAAAUCUGGGCAGGCAUUUUCACAGGGAAACCAUCAUCUUAUGGGUUUUUUCCCCUUACUUCCCGUGGUGUAUAUUUUUGAUUCUGUGUUGAUAUUAAUAGCCACUCACAGGCAAUGAAUCAUGAGCUGAAAGAUUUUUGUUUUACUGAUACGGUUUUCUUUUUCAAAGCCUAGACAAAAUGAGUUUUUCUUAGGAAAGUGCAGUUUACCAAAUUGCUGCAAAUAAAGACAGAAACCUUAAAUCAGCUGAUUUUCAUAGAGGAAACUGAAAGUUAUAGAGAAAUAACAAAAAAAGCACAAAGAGGUGCCAGGCUCAGAUGACUGCAUAGGGGAACACAACAAAACUUUUAGAAACCACAUAGUCUCAAUGUUUUAAAAUUGUUCCAGAAUACAGAAAGUAAUGGGAAAUUUACAGAAUCUUUUAAUGAUAUGAGUAUAAUACGAAUCCCUAAUCCUGAUGAUGAUGGAGCAUCAUUAUCAGUUUAUUCACACAUAUUACUAAUUACAAAUGGAAGAACAGUUAUCCUACAGCAGAGAAAGCAGGCAGUGUGUCUCAGAUAUAUUAUUCUGAAAAGAUCACAAUUCACUUAUAAGAUAGUUGUGAUGGAUAAUUUUAUGUCACCUUGACUGGACUAAGGAAUGCCCAGAUUGCUGAUAAAACAUAUUUUGGAGUGUUUCUAUGAGGAUGCUUCUAGAAGAGACUGGCAUUUGAUUCAAUAGACUGAGAAAAGAUCUGCCCUCACCAGCAUUGGUGGGCAUCAUCUAAGCUGUUGAGGGACCGAAUAGAACAAAAGAUGGAGGAAAGGCAAAUUCUCACUCUCUUCUUGAGCCGGGCCAUCCCUCUUACCUGGCCCUCAGGCAUCCUUAUCCCUGGUUCUUCGACUUUUGAACUCCAGGACUUAUGCCAUGGGCCUCCCUGGUUCUCACACCUUCAGGAUUGUGCUGAACUAUAUACCAGCUUUCCUGGUUCUCCAGUUUGCAACAGCAGAUUGUGGGUCUUUUUUGCAUUCAUAACCCAGUGAGCCAAUUACUAUAAGAAAUCUCUUCUUGUCUGUAUUUUCUCUCUCACUCUCUCUCUCGCCUAAAUUCCCUUUCUCUGGAAAAUCUUGCCUAAUACAAUAUUCCAGCCAAAAAUUCAUAGCUUGCAUCUAAUCAUGAAUAAAUAUCAGACAAAUCCAUGUUGAGAGACAUUCUAUAGAAUAAUACUAAUGCAUGGAAAGCAAGGAAAUGUGUAGAUAUCACUUCAGGUUAAAGGAGACUGCAGACAUAACAAUUACAUGCAACAUUUCAUACUAGAUUAUAUCUAGUCCUGGGAACAUGCUAUAAAGAACAUUAUUGGGACAAUAGAAGAAAUUAAAAUAUUGUCUAUAGGUUAAAGUAUUAUAAUGAUGUUAAAUUCCCUGAAUUAGAUCACUAAACUGUGGUUACAUGAGAGACUGUCCUUGUUCUUAGGAAAUUUACUUAAUUAUUACAUAGUAAGAGGGUAUGAUGUAUGAAACUUACUCUCAGUUGGUCCAGAGGAAAGUAGAUGAGUAGAUAGAAGAUAAGAAAAAAGAAAGAGAUAAAGUAGAUAUGGCAAGUACUUUGGGUAAAGAAUAAAUAGGAGAUCCAUGUACUCUCUUUCCAAGUUUUUUGUAUGUUUGAAAGUAUGUACAAAGUAGAAGUAAAAGCAACAACAAAAAACCUUGGGGAUACAGUUGAAGAAUCCUUUCCUCCUUGAUCUUUCAACUUUGACCAGGGUCUCAGUCUGAGUUCCUUUCCCUUCAAAUUUACAUCUCAUGUUAUCAAACAUGGAAACAGGAAAAGAAAUUCUCCAGAAAAAAUGAAUGAUUCUGGCAGGAUGAUUUGGUUUAUGCUGCAGUAAUUUAUAGCCUCAAUAUUUUAGUGGCUUACAAUUACAAACAUCUAUUUCUGAUCCACAAUACCAGGGUAGCAAGCAAGCUCUACUCAGGUCACACAAGGACCCAGGUUGACAGAGGCUGUACCUUAACAUGUGCUUCAAGAAUCACUGUGGCUGGAGAAAGGAUGGUGAGAUGCUUCCACCUGGAACUGAUACACAUCACAUUUGUUCACAUUUCAUUGGCUAAAGUAGGUCAUAGCCAUCCCUAAAUUCUAAUAACCAGAAGUACAAUCCUGCAGGUACCCAGAAAAUCACUACCACAAAAGGGCUCCAAUAUACUUGAAAUGAUUUUUGACUAUUUGCAUUGCCUUUAUAGACUCAAAAGUGAAAAGUGAAAAGAAGAGAAGUUGGCAGGAAAGAGGGUGAAAGAAAGCACUAUCCAUUGCUGGGACCCAGACUACUGCCUCCUUUGCCAUCACCACCAUUAGCUGUAUUUAUCUCCUGUCAAUAAACUUGAUGCAUUUGCCUUCUGGUUCCCUUCAUCCUGCUCAGACAUCCCAACAAUGUUUAUUAUUUUUCCUGGAGAUUGAUAAUUUGGAAUCACAGCCAGGUACCUAUGGCUACACACAGAUCAGUCAAGCUGCUCCAUCUUGUGACUUCAGGAGGGAUUCAUGUCCUGACACUCACAUUGCACUUAGAAAUGAUAUCACUCAACAUGUUAUCUGUGGCUGCUUAUUUUUUUAAAAUUGCAGUUUAUUCUGCCAUUUUUCUGCUUAAAAUAAUUUGAUGGCCCUAUCUGAAAAAUAAAGUUUAAUUCUGUUCCUUGGCAUCUAGACUCUUUGAUAAACUGUCCCCAAUGUACUGUUCCAGAAUCACUCCCUGCCAUGCACUCUGCUUUUAUCUAAAACUACUUUCCAGUCUCAGGACACCUCAUGUUCUCUCCACAAUACUAAAAAAUGCCAGUUUCCUUGGCCUUCCUAGCAGAUAUCCAAAGGCGCUUCCUUGAUGAAAUUUUCAUUUAGAAAGAAUGAAUAGCAACAUACUCUGUUGUGCUCCCACAAUGUUUUGUCCAUGUUGCUAUUAUGUAAAUUAUCAUAUACUAUUGGAUAUUUGAUUUGAUGGUAAAAUUAUAAUGGAGUAAUCACCGUUCAGGCAUACAAAAAUGGAGUUGGGCAGCCAUUGAGGACCUGGUCUCAGACAUAUCUCUGCACCACUGAGAACCUGAACUUUCUUUGAAUUUUACCUGACCCAAGGGCACCACCAGCUAUAUUCAGAACAACACCCGCCAGCUGCAACUUAUGGUCUCAAGUUCUCCCCUUGUAAUUUGCAACCAUUUGGACCCCCAAC